AUGCAGUGCAAUGUCUCUAGCGAGUCUUCCCGUAGCAGCAGCGAUGCGUCGCUUGCGCUCAUCUCACAGAAUCCACAAACAGCGCAAGGUUCAGGUGUUGAUAUGACUGACGAGCUCUUUGGUGCCUUCCUUGGAACUUCUAAUUCCGCUUCCGAUGGCUCGUAUCUGGACUUGUACUACUCGACACCUUCAGCACACACGCUUUCUUCAACAGGAAGCAAUGAUUUACCACCCCUUAGUGGGAUGAAGCGUGGCUACGAUCGAAUGACAGGAGAUAAGACGUCGUCCACGACGGCCGUGGCUACGUCCAUGCUGGCCAUGCGUUCCAAGUCACAGAAACUGGUGGUAAACACACGCACGACCGGCAAUUCCGUUCAUAUCGGUCAGAAACAUACAGUUCAGACAGGGCUCAAGAAGGUGCAGGAAGAUGACAAAAUGACGUCCACGUCUUUAAGUGCUAAGAAGACAAAAGUAUCUCGUGAACGCCAAUUAAAGAUAAAUGCGGCAUCACGACGAUGUCGUAAAAAGCAGAAAUUGGAGCUCCAGUUUCUCCGGACACAUGUGUUGGAGCUACAGACUGCACUUAAAGAUCAAGUGAACUACCUAAAACAAGGCCAACCAUUACAGCAACAGCGAGCUACAAGACUCUCGCAUUUUGUUGAAGACAGCAUACGGAAAGUAGAGAAAAUGAGCUCUAGAGCAAAACCUAGCCAGGCUGGGACGUCGGCUGCUUCACACGUGUCGUUCAGCUCGGACUUGCUCCCGUUCAAACCGGAAGACUACAGCGGAGAAGACACAGACAGGACACACAAUAACGAUGUCGUGAGUCACAUUGAGACGGACGAUGCUAAUAGCGUGCACGUUAUUGAUCCGUCGACAGGAUACUCGCUCAGUGACGAACGUAAGAAGGUACUGCUCAACAUUUCGUCUUUCGUACGUGUCAAUAUUAGCUUGGAAAGCAGUAGCUUUGCACCAGAAGUGAUCUCGUGUCUCCCAAUUGAAAUGGAUGGCUGGCUACUACGUCUCGCCAUUACAGAGAAAAGCUACACAAUUCACAACCAGAAGUUCUUUCCGUGCAAUAUGAAGGAUAUGUUUGAUUUCUGCUGGGAGACAAACGUGGCACAGAAAAUAUCGAUUAAACACGCUAGAAAGCACUACGUGGUGGUGACUCCUCUAGACAAGGAUGUCGCGCACGUGUAUACGAAGACUACCGGAAAAUGGUCGCUGAAUGUGCAUGGUGUUCCGAAUGUCAGCUACAACAGCAUUGUGUGUCGACGAUCCAUGCCAGACGAAGACCGAGCCAUAAUCUGCCAGCAAAGUGUGCUGGAAGAACGUGAUUUCCAGGACGAAAACACUUUACCGUGGCUCUUUAAGCGGUGGGUGGUUUUCCGACCACAAGUCCAAGAUGACGUUGAAGGCACCUUUGUGGAGGCAUACCGAACCGCCAGCUACGCGACUGGGCGGCUCAUUUACAAAGAGAACAAGACGUACGACAGUUUUUGCGAGCACCUGAUCCGGCGCUACGCCGAGUCAAACACGUUGUUGGAGGGCAUGAUGGCACGUGAUAAGCGGUUUGCGCACGCGUUCGAUGCUAGUGUACAUUCAGAAGCUGAGGCUGAAUCCACCAUGGUCUCCGACUGCGUGAUCAAGGAUCUGCUGCUUUUUUGA